AUGGUUCACUCCAGCAGCACAAGCUGGCAGUGUCUGGGCUUAUUAAAGGAGAUGGUUCACUCCAGCAGCAACAGCUGGCAGUGUCUGGGCUUAUUAAAGCAGAUGGUUCACUCCAGCAGCAACAAGCUGGCAGUGUCUGGGCUUAUUAAAGAGCAGUGGUUCACUCCCAGCAGCAACAAGCUGCAGUGUCUGGGCUUAUUAAAGCAGAUGGUUCACUCCAGCAGCAACAAGCUGGCAGUGUCUGGGCUUAUUAAAGCAGAUGGUUUACUCCAGCAGCAACAAGCUGGCAGUGUCUGGGCUUUAUUAAAGCAGAUGGUUCACUCCAGCAGCAACAAGCUGGCAGUGUCUGGGCUUAUUAAAGCAGAUGGAGAGAGACCAGACUCAGAAGAACCAGAGCAAGAGACGUCUGAACCAGCAAGACGACACCACUGUUCCCACUGUGGAAAGAGUUUUACCCAAUUACGGACACUGAAGGUGCAUGAAAGAAUACACACUGGAGAGAAGCCCUACCAAUGUUCUCAGUGUGGAAAGAGUUUUACCCAGUUAGGGAGCCUGAAAAUACACAAUAGAAUACACACMGGAGAGAAGCCUUACMAAUGCUCUCAGUGUGGAAAGARAUGUUCACAGUUAAGUUGCCUGAAAUCACAUGAGAGAAUACACACAGGAGAUAAGCCUCACAAAUGCCCUCAAUGUGGUAAUACUUUUAAGCGGUUAAGUAACCUGAAGGAACAUCAAAGAGUACACACAGGGGAAAAGCCUUACCACUGUUUCCAUUGUGAAAAGCGUUUCAGCUGGGUAAGGCAACUGAAAGAGCAUGAGAGAACACACACCGGAGAGAAGCCCUACCAAUGUUCCCAGUGUGGAAAGAGUUUUACCCAGUUCGGGAGCCUGAAGAUACAUGAUAGAAUACACACAGGCGAAAAGCCUUUCCAAUGUUCCCAGUGUGGAAAGAGUUUUAACCGGUUAGGUAACCURAAAUCACAUGAGAGGACACACAAAGAAGAAGAGCCCCAUCCCUGCUCCCAGUGUGGAAAGAAUUUUACCUCAUCAGGCUUCCUGAAGAAUCAUGAGCAAAGACACACUGGGGAAAAGCCUUUCCAGUGCUCCCAGUGUGGAAUWAAAUUUACCUGGUUAAGGCAACUGAAAUCACAUGAAAGGAUCCACACAUGAGAGAAAUGUUACGAAUGCUCCCAGUGUAGAAAGAUAUUUACCCAGUUUAGGCACCUGAAAGACCUUGAGGUAACACACUCAGGGGAGAAGCCUUACCCAUGCUCCCAGUGUGGACAGUGAUUUUUCACAUACUUACAAUUCAUGAGGUAACACACACAUUGCUCCCACACUUGUCUCAUCUUUUACUGAAAAUUGGUGCUUUGUGGUUUUGUUUAUGCCCUUAUUUCCAUAUGAAAUCAAAUUGGAGAAAACCUACUCAAAUACAUGUGUAUGUUUUAAAAUCCCAAGAUAUGAAUUGAAUAUGGAGUGUGUCCGUUUUUAUGUAGAUUAUGUACACACACUCUGUGAUUAAAUAGUCUUCUUUUUUUUA